AUCAACCACCCCCAGACAACCACAGGCAUAAGCCGCCUCUGAGAGUUAAUAGCUCCAUCAUUUACAGGCCGAGGUGCCUCUUUAACAUUCAGGGAGGUUUUAAGCCACCACCCUUGAUAAUGAUGGCAUUUGUAACCCAGCAGGUGACCCCUUUAACGCGGGGAGGGUGCUGCGGGUCGCCACAUCCCACCACAUAAAGUAUUCUGUGUGACUGCUGCUGUGAAUAUGAUGCAGCUCAUCCUCUGUCCUCCAGCCGGCUGCAGGAGCACAAACUUCUCUCCUCCAUCAUAUUAAUGGGAUAAUAAUGUGAUUGAUUGCUCCUCUCCCCCCGGGGGAACAGUCCUCUCUGCUUCCUGAGAGUGCAACACUCUUCACACAACCUGCAGCUGACUCGGGGAGGAUUGUUGCUCAAGAGCCCGUCAGCAGGGUGAAUACCCGACCACAUCAAGGAGGGGGGGGUGGGGGGUUCAACCCGGGUUUUCCCCGUUUGGAGGACGGUCUUCCUUGCCCCACCGCGGCUGUGUCGCUCCCAGCUUCCUCGGCGGGGACUAAAGAGGCGGAGGAGGAGGAGGAGGAGGAAGGGAAGAGGAAAAGGAAGAGGGGGGAAUCCGGCGCUUCGGGACGGCUGAGUCCCGUUGCGAUGCAUGGAGGCUGCUUGGAAAUGCUCCCCAGGUCUCCGGAGCGCAUGAGGCGGUUCCAGCCGACCAACGGGCCGCUGCACCGGGGGGAUCCGGCCGCUGAGCCGCAGCUCUACGGAGCAGCCACACCAUAGGUUCGGCUACAGGAGCACGGCUCGGUUCGGUAUCCACGGAGCGGAGGCACAUCCUCCGACAGCGCCGUGAUCUGGGAGCCUAAAGGCUGCAUCAGGGCUGCGUCGCAGGGGGGGUGGAUACCUGCGAGCCGCCGGGGGGGCAUCUAUGCAAUUUAGUCUCCACUUUUCAUUUUAUUAUGAGCACAGAGGAGGGAGAGGCGGGUUCAGCUUGCGGGGAGGCGAGGGGAGGCUCUACCGUCACCCACCGCCACACCUGGGAGGAAGGCGAGCCGCUCGGCUCCCAAGGACGUCCGCGCCCCGACGAUGAGGACGAGGCAGAGCCGGGAGAGGAGGAAGAGGAGGGAGAGGAGGGAGAGGGCAGCCGGGAGGGCCGGAGCCGCGGGGAUGCGUGUGAGGGGGACAACGCGGGGAAUUUUUCCAGCGAGGAGGGGGCUGUCGGGGGCAGCUCGUGCAAAGCGCAGGCGAUGCAUUCAAACUGCAGCAGCGAGAACUGCAUCCCCACCCCCAGCUGCAGGAUCUGCUUCCAGGGCGCAGAACAGGGGGACCUGUUGAACCCGUGUCGGUGUGAUGGCUCAGUGCGUUACACCCACCAGCACUGCCUGCUGAAGUGGAUCAGCGAGCGAGGCUGCUGGACCUGCGAGCUCUGCUGCUACCGCUUCCACGUCAUCGCCAUUAACAUGAAGAGACCGUGGCAGUGGCAGUCCAUCACUAUCACCCUGGUGGAGAAGGUGCAGAUCAUCGCGGUGUUCCUGGGCUCUCUCUUCCUGGUGGCCAGCAUCUCCUGGUUGCUGUGGUCAGCCCUCAGCCCGCAGGCCGUCUGGCAGCGCCGCGACGUCCUCUUCCAGAUCUGCUACGGCAUGUACGGCUUCAUGGACCUGGUCUGCGUAGGCUUGAUAGUCCACGAGGGGGCGGCGGUGUACAACGUCUUCAUGCGCUGGCGAGCCGUCAACCUCCACUGGGAUGUUCAGAGCUACGAUAAGGCGAAGGACAUGGAGGAGACGAGCACUGGCCAUUCCUCGUUGUCCCCCAGGACGCUUUGGUUGCCUCUGGUCACCUUUGGGCCCAACGGACCCUUGCACCCCACUCAGCUGGGGCCGCAGCCAUGGACCUGCCUCUGUUUGGCCCCUUUCUGCCCUGGCCUGUUGCCCCGAAACAACCUCAGUCAGGACAGUGACUCAGGAGAGGUCGUGAUUCGUGUAACGUCAGUGUAACACCAGGCGGUAUUUAUGCAGGAACAAAACAUCUGAUGGUUUACACUUGGUGGAAACAAUCUGAGCUCCUCUGGGCAGUUUAUCGUAUUCCAUAAUCUGAUUGGUUUUUUUUGCUGAUUUUGCUGUUACGAAUUGUUUUCCUGCUGAGUUAGAAUGGUUUGUCUGCUCUGGGGCCGGUCCUCAAUACAAUUAUUCUCAGCAUAGACAGACAUGAACCAAACUCACCUCCACACUUUCCUUUUUCCAGGAUCAUUGUGCAGCAUUCAUGUCACGUGGGACAGAAGGUAAUGAUGGGAAAACUUUUCAUGGUGGUUUAGGGCUCAGUGCAUGGUCAAUGUGGCACUAUAUCCCUUAAAUUUGGCUUUAAUUACCUUGAACGAUGGAGUUGUGCUUGUGCUUUUUCAGGCACUCCUGCAUUAUUGAAGCAGGUUAUGUGGGAGCCGUCAGAAAAAUCUGUUUCCCAGUCGUAUGAGUGAACUGGUUGUUAUCAGUAGACUUGUGGAGACUAGAAAUAACUCUUAAAUUAGCACAUUUAUUUGAUGUACAAUCUGGUUGUUGCAAGAGUAGCCACAUCAAAUAACGACUGAUGUGUGUAUCUUCACAUAUUCUGGUACCAUAGUUUCCUAUAAUUGAAAGGAGGAGAUGUGUAAAUUUAUAGCAUGGUUCCUAGGAAGAACUGUAAAUUGGGAACAUGGAGACGUUCAAUUGGUACACCUCCAGUUUCCAAUAAUAGAUAAAUAAUGAGUGUAAAGUUUUAUUUGGGUUAUUUUAAGGAAAUUCUUAAUAACAGAACUUGGUCUAUAUUUUCCUUGUAAUUAGCGCCAAAUUAUUAAAACAUUAUGAGCCUGUAAAAUAAAGUAACAAAUAUACAUUAUAGACUAAAGGGCUAAAGCCAUGCUAGCAGCCUAGUGAGCUUGUAAUAGUAAUUACACAUGGUACAAAAAUCUGUUUUACCUGGACUUUGACAUUUCAACUUAAAUAUUCUAUAUGUGACUUUCCGAAAACACAAUCUGUAGGUGCAAACGAUCAUCAUCCUGGGCAUCGGCAGAAGAGACAUAUUUGAGACUGAACGCUGGAAAGUUACCUUAUGGACCAUUGACUCCACUUCUACUAACUAGCGUGCAGCCAAUCCACAGCCAGCCAACCUCAGCUUAGUUUAGGCUACAGUUAACUAGUUGGAUUCCCCUGCCUAGUUUCGCUCUUGGCUAGUAGAAAGCUUUAGCUUUGUACCGUUACAUCAUUAAUCAUUGGCUAAAAUCAACACCGUUAAAUAGCUACCUACCAAUUUGUCCACAUUAUCAAGCGAGCUAAUGUUAUCCAGCUAAAAUAGUCUCAUUUUUUAAGUUGUGUUACAACCUGUUCACACAUUGACAAUAAAAGGUAAAAGGUCAUAUCGAAGCUGCAGGAGUCUGCCGUUAUAAAACUGGAGCAGACUGAACUCACACACAGCGGCAUUUCCAGACUUGACAGCGGUGGCACAAAAGGGGCACUGAUCUAUGCAGCGGUGACAUGAAGUAUGUGUCUCAGUUUUCCUGUCAUUCCCAAUUGAUGCAAUACCAACACUGUUUAUGGACCCCAGUCUGAACAAAUAUUAAAGUACAGGCGAAAAUAACAUAUUUAUACCAGAUUCAAUUGCCCCAAAACUGCAUGAGAUUAGAUUACAAAGGGGAGAUUCGUAGGCACCGAUAGAACACAUUUUCCCUUGCCAGUUUUUCCAUCACUGAAAUUUUGCCUAACUUUGGAGUAUUAUGUAGCCUCCUUCCCAACAAGCUGGCAUGACAUGGUUGGUACCGAUGGACGGAUUAGGUCAUCUAGUUUCAUAUGAUACUAGCUUCAAAAUUAAGCCUGCUAUAACCUGUCAAAGACAUUGUUGAGUGGAAAAAGUAAGGAUAAUGGAGUCAGUGCCACCCCAGGUUCCCCCUCUGGAAACACCCCUGCAUACACAUGGUAUAUUUAUUUGACCUAUGUGAAAACAAUAAGUUAACUGCUCCUAGCAACCUCUACUACAGCUUCUAUACACAUGACAUUGGUGGGUAUGGAUUGGUUAGGGAAAACCAGGCCAACUGUAGUACAUUGGAUACAGCUAAUAUCUGUACUGUAGCCUUCACUGGCUAAGGGUUUUUAUAGCUUCAAACUGGAUCUUUCUAAAACUGCCGAGCUACAGAGAGCUUUGUAUCUUUCUCACUGUGUGUCCUUGAGAUAAACCCGCUUCAUGUUUUGUACAAAUAAAUCUUACCUUUUAGAGGACCAGAUCUUUUCCAGCAACCACUUGACGGACGGGGAUCAACGGAAGACAGAUUGCAAAUGAGCACAAAAAACCCUGAUGUCAGAAGGAUAUUGAGGUGUUCACACAACGGUGCAGGCAGCAGAUAUGGACGUUUUUGAAAGUCAUUCUAACUUGAUCCUCAGAUGAUUUGUGCCGGUAUAAAUACUGUUGAAAAUUGUGGUUUUGAUCUGUCUGUAUGCCAUUCUGUUGAGCUUCCAGGAGCCCACGUGGUGUUUAGGUUGUGGGGUUUUGGGGCUCUGUUCUCGGCCUAGGUUAUUUGGGUGGUUUGAUUUUUUUGGUGCCUUAGGAGGCUGGGUGACAACGUCCCAAUGCGCAGCACAGAAAUGACUUGAAUGUGACUUUUGCUGUUGGCUGUAUUUCUAUUUCUUUUGAAUGUAACAUGGAUGUAAUGUAUAAAGAAUAUUUAUAUA